AUGGAGCGCCGCAUCAACCCGUUCUCUAAACGUUCAUCCAACGAACUCAUCGGCUGGCGCGAGCUCAAAAUCAAGGGAAGCAACCAUUGCAUCAUUCAGGAUUGGCCUUUUGAUAACAACGAAGUGUGGCUGUUAGAUUUAGAUUUUUUAGUUGACAUAACUGCUAUGCUGAAUAUACUAAACUUAGAUCUGCAAGGGAAAGAUAAAACUAUAGUUGACAUGAUUAGUCCUGUGGCUGCUUUUGAAGCAGAAACUAAAACUCGUGUCUUCGCAGUUGCAUCAACAUCAACUACGAAACUUCAGAAAUAUGAUACGGUUUCAAGAUAUAGCAACCUGUUGCAAAAUAUGUGUCUUCCAUUUGGUAAAAUCACAAAUGUUGAAGAUAUUGCAUCUAGAAUGGCAUCAGUAUUUAACAUGGACAUAUCUGAAGUCGAAAAUGAGCUUCUGAAGCUUAAAAAUGAUAUUCAGAUCAAAUCCAUGGUAACAGGAAGAAGUUUCUGGAACCUUCUCAGUGAAGAAAAAUAUCCCAAUGUCAGAAAAUGUGCAAUGUACCUCACAGCAUUUUUUGGAUCAACCUACCUUUGUGAAUCAACAUUUUCACACAUGAAGCACAUCAAAUCCAAAUACCGAUCAACAAUGUCAGAUGAACACCUGGAUGCUGGCUUGAGGCUAGCAGUCACAGCCUACAGUCCUAAUUACACAAAGCUGGCAGACAACAUGCAGUACUAA